AUGAUCCUGAUCCGCGGUGCGAGUCUUCGCGCCGCCAGGACGGCGUCGAAGGCGGACUAUCUGGUUUUCGGGUCGGCCUUCGGCUUCGAAGCCCUCGCCAUCCCCCUGUGCACCGGGGGCGGACCUCUUCCCGGCAGGCACUGCAGCGUCCUGCUUGUUGUGCGCCCUGGCGACCUGCUUUUGCCCGACGAGGAGGAGAUCGGGACGUUCUACCGCCACCUCGACCCCAAGACCUCCUCCAAGCGGCACGAGGAGGAGGCGGCCAACGUUAUGAGGUUUUUCGUCGAGUGCGCGAAGGCGGAGUUGAACCGUGAGGGAAGGCAGUGGACGGCUGCGCCUCCUUCCGCCGAAAUCCUCUCCGAACGUCUGGAGAGUCUUGCCGCCCCCAUCCGUGAUGUGAGUUUCCAACGUCCAUGUCCCCUUGUCGCCUGGGCUAUCGUCGUCGAGGCGUCGACUCACCCUUUUCGUCGGCGCCAUGUGCUUCGGAUGUUGAUGCAGAAAUUGCCCGACAUCCUCAAGGAGGAGGUCGCCGGCUCGGGGCUGUUGGCGGUCAACGCGUUCGCGUGGUCUUUGGAGCAUCUCGACGACGUGUUUCGCAGCUACGAUCCGCUCAUCGUCGAGAACCCGAAGAUGGUCGGCUUGAAGGCGCUCCGACUGGAGCUGCUGCACCACGCGGAGAAGGCCGCGUCGAACAGAGGGGAGGCCGCGUUGACCGUGGCCCGUGGCGUCGAAACCGGCAUCGCUAUGGGUGGGGAGGAGGAGCACGAGAGGGAGGACGUUGAGGGGGGCGGGGAGCACGACGGUGGCUCGGAAGAAGAGGAGGAGGACGUGGAGCGUGAGGAGGACGACGUGGUUGUCACCGGCGAAGAGGAGGCAGUGCAGUUCGCCGGUGAGAAGGUUGCGGAUAUGGGCGGCGGCAGCGGACCCAAGUUGGGCAAGAAGGCCUGGGGCAGCAGUGACUCGACCCCGCCUAGGAUGGCGUCAAAGGCGGCUAUCGAGCGUCUGAAGGCGGCGGAGAGGGAGAUCAAGAAGCUGAGGGAGGAGAAGCUGGUGGCGGAAAAGAGGUUGGAGUUCCAAACGGCCCGGAAUGACACGAUUUACGGCGUGGUCACCUCGGCCGUGAACAAGCUCACUACAGUCGCCGAGGGCGUGACCCAUCUCGAGCAGACGUCGGGGAGGAGCAUCCAAACGGCGGUGGACGCUGUGAGGGCGGUCGUGCAGGAGGCGGUGAGCUAUCGCGGCUCCACCCUCGAAUUCAUGAACACGCAGUGGCUGCCCACCGUGCAGGCCCUGCACUUGACGGCUACUGCUGCACAGGGUAGGCGACGGGAGGACGACCUCCUGCUGCUUCGAGGUGUGGCAUAUUCUCUCGGCCAGAACAUCAAAACAGUCGUGUCUGCCGAGGUGAAGGCCGCCAUGGAGGGCGAGGCGCAGCGGAUCGCCGCUGCCGUGACUGCGAAGGUCGUCCAAGAGCUUAGGGACGACCUGGUGAAGGCGGUCACCUCCGCGACCCAACAGGGCAUUGGCACCGCCGGCAACCAGGUGGUCGACCAAAGAGCAGAGGCAGCGAACGUCGCGGCGGCGACUGCAGGGCCGAGUGGCUCAACGGUGGAGGCGGCUGUGUGGAGAGCGGCAGAAGAAGCCGGCGGGGUGGACGAAGAGAUCCUCGCCAGCAUCGUGAUGCCGGACCCGGAAAUCGAGGUCAUGCGGGAGAAACUACAAGCAGCAGCUCCCACCGUGGGAGCGCAACAGGGUGCACCAGCCGCCUCGACUGCUCCUGCGGAGGACCAUAGCGCGGCUGGCGCCAAAUCUCCCCCGGCCACAACCGGUGAGGUCGGCGAUGGGAAGCAGAGGCGCAAGGGCAAGGACAAGGCGAAGGGCGGCCCGCCGAAGGUCGGCUCUUCCAAGGGGACGUCCAAAGCGGCCGCGCAGGGUCGGAAGGGUUCAGGCGUCCGCGUUGACCCUUCAACUGGGCUGGCCGUCUCGGAGAUGAAGUUUGGGAAGAAGAGCCGUUACAUCUGCCGGUCGAUGGACAAGUCCGAGGCCGCCUACUGCAUCGCUGUCGCCGUUUCGUCGUUCGACGGCUUCGUCAGCGACGUGGCUCUCGACGAGUUCGGUGGGGUCAAGGAGGAAGUGAUGGCGCAGUAUAAGGCGGACUGGAAUGUGGCGCGAUUGAUUCCGGGGGGCAUGUGGAUGGUCAUGUGGAGCCGAGGGGCGAACGUCUUCCGCGACAGGUUCCAACAGGUGGUCGCGGAAUACAACAGGAUAACCGGAGCCGACCGCGCAGCUCUCAUGUUGGCUCUUCGCCCGGCGGUGUGGUUCGGCGACCUUCCGGAGUCGACCGAGCCCGAUAAGGCCGCGAAGAAGAAGGUGGCGAGCGACAUGAUCGCACGCAUUUCGAUGUGUGCCGCCUUCGCACCGGUGGCCGCGAAAGUGUUGCCCAUUCCGGGCGUCGGGUCGGAGCGGUUGUCCGAGAUCCUCGCCGGUACUGCGGCCGCGGUGUGGUGUUUUUCGGAGACCAAUGCCACGGCGGAAGUAGCGGCCGGCGAAGGGGGGGCGGCAGCGACCGUGCGCGGAGCGUCCAACGAGUUCGCGAGUCGGUGUCGGACCGUCAUCGAGGCGGUGCUUAAGCGGGCGGCCUCCCGGGAGGUCGUCGUAGGGGAGGUCGCCGAAACGGUGACGAAGGACCUGCGGGCGGCUGUGCUGAGGUCGCUGCCUAAGGUCGGAGAGGAGCGCGAGCACGACGAGCUGAUCGCCCGUGUCAUGAUAGAGAACCUUGCCUUCUGGGGGGACUGCAAUGUCGGAGGCCCGAAGCUCAAGGCUCGCGGCGUCGAUUUGCCUAUCGACCCCCAGAUGAAGGUUAUCAUUCGGGACAGGGGGGCGAGGGGGCAGCAGCACAAAGGGAAGCAGGUCGCCGACGCCUAG